CUGUGUUUUUAGAGAAUGUGGGUUGUUGUUAUGCUAAAUGUUAGCUUUGUUAGCUUAUAUUGCUAACUAUAACGUUAGCCAGAGAGCCGAGUGGUCAUAGAGAAGAUGCUGUGGAGAUAGCUUUGGCUAAGCUAACGUUAUGCGGUCUACAUUUAGCAUUUACUAGCGUAAAGCUAGCUAGUUAACCUGCCUACAGCGGGCUAAUAUUUAUAUCGUUGCUACUAAGAGCUAACUACACUUUCAUUGGCAGCCUGACAGCGACUGUCAUAACACCCAAAGGGUUGGUACGGUAGCUUAACGUUUUAGUUUUCGCUUCUAGAUACAUAACGUAACUCACUAACGUAAUUCACGCAUUGUACGAUAACACCACAUUAUAACACGGGUAGAUGAAAUACAGUGCUCUGAUUGGUUGAGUCAAGAGGAAUACAUUAUUGGACGAUAAUGUACAGUUGCUGUUUACAUUGACACGAACGUUCCAUAUCACUGCGCACUCAAAGUAACCGGUUAGAUUUUGUGCGACCGUUAGUUGACAUUUUAGCUCGGUGGCGAUCGCUGGAACCCCCCGGAAAUCCCACAAAUGAUCGUUUUGAUGCAAUGCGAGCUUUUGCAACCGGACAACUAAGGUGGACCUAAUGAGCGAUGUGAAUUUGUGAGACGGCGCGAGACCCAAUGCUGUUUACAUGCAAGCUCUGUCCGUACCUUGCAACUUGUGCAUCAGUCAUCUGGAUUGGCACUUGUUGUAGUGGAGGGACGGGAGGGAAACCCAGCAGGCAGAGAGACGGUAGGAACAGCCAAACUUAGAAUGCCUCUGUUCUUCAGAAAGAGAAAACCCAGCGAGGACUCCCAGAACAGACUGCAAUAUCAGCUGUGCAGGUCAAAAGAGGCCGGUGCUGAUGACAUCCUGGACAUCUCAGCCUGUGAGCUCUCAGAAGUUCCCUCAAGUGCCUUUUCCAUUUGCAAGGUUCUGCAAAAGAAGGUUCUCAUCCUCCAUACCAAUGAGCUGAGGUCAUUGCUGCCCAAAGGAUGUGACAUCAGCACCCUUGCUGCUUUAAAGGUUUUGGAUUUGCAUGAGAACAAGCUCACUUCACUCCCAGAAGACAUUGGGAAGCUGGCAUCACUGCAGAUUCUGAAUGCGGAGAAGAACCACCUAAAGGCCCUGCCGGAAUCCAUCGGGGAUUUGCGGCUUCUGCAGACGCUCAAUUUGAAGGGUAACUGUUUGAGUGAGCUGCCAUCCUCCAUUGGUUCUUUGAGCAGCCUUCGCUCUCUGGACGUGAGCGACAACAACAUCGUCCAGCUUCCCAAGACUCUGGUCCACAUUCGUACCCUAGAGAGCUUUGCCCUUGAUGCUGCUAUGAUGUCCUAUCCACAUGCGUCCGUGUGUACAAAGGGCACCGAGAGCAUCCAGCGCUUCCUAUGCACUGAGCUGGGAGAAGAGUACUGCCCUCCAUCCCAGUACCUCCUGCCGGUGCUGGAGAACGAGUGUGGAAAACAGAACUCUGACUGUUUGGAUGGGCUGGAGGAGGCUUGGCAGAAUAAAUUCAGUGACUAUGAGAAGAGAAAGGAGGAGAAGCAGCAGGCAAAGCUGGCCUUUGAGUGGCACCUUGAGGAGAAGAAGAAAGAGCACACCCAGCUCAUACUCAUGAACACGUCCCGCAAGGAGAACAUCCUCCACUCAGUCCGACAGGAGCAGGAGCGUCUGGAGCUGGGGGUCAGCCAACAACAGAGAGCUCAGGAGGCAGAGAGGCUGCUGGUGCUGGAGAGAGUCCGACAAGCUGAGGGCGGCAUUAGUAGUCGCAUCAGCAACAUGCUGAUGGACAAGAACAGAAAGAAAAAAAGUGCAGAGUUUCUUCAAGCCAUGGAGGAAGAUCGGAUCCGUAUGGAGCAGCUGACUGCCAUCACACAGGAAGAAGCCAAUUCACUGAGGAAGAGGGAGGUGGCCAUGGCCAUGCAGAAGAUGCUGUCGGACGGCUGUGCUAUGAACCUCCUCCAGCAGGCCAAUGACUUCCGCAGACGGAGCAUGGCCUCUGAGGCCCAUAGAAGCAUGGAGAACAUGGAUAGGAAGUUUGACAAGAUGCUGUCCCUCCAAGUGUUGGACAAAUCUAAAGCCGUUGCACACAUCCUACAGGAGGAGGAGAUCCAGAAAGCAGCGUUUCAGGCCCUGCAGCUGCAAAAAGACGCUGUGCACGGCUACAUCCGCAACCAGAUCAAACUCAUAGAGGGUGAAUUAAUGCAGCUGACUAGAUUGGAGAUUAAAAGACGCAAUCUGGAUGCUGAGAACCUGCAGGAGGUUCUGGUGGAGCAGCGAACAUCUCUCAGUGAUUUGUUGCGACAGCUGCUGAAGCAGAGAGACCAGAGAGAGCAGGAGCUGCACCAGGUUCUGGCGGAGAUGGAGCGGAAAUCUGAGUCCAACCAGCAGAACUACUGGAUGAUCCACUACCAGAGACUGUUGGACGCAAAGCCUCUAUCGCUGCGCAUGCAGGAAGCAGGUGUUGAGAAAGAGUUGGUCAACCUGAUAUGCAAAUUGUCAGCUCAGCACUACCUGCCAAUCCUGGCUCAUCAUCGAGUGACAACUGAGGCUCUUCGUCACAUGACCUCCUCUGACCUCCAGAAGAUUGGCAUUAAUGAAAUUGGAAUCCAAAAUACUAUUCUGAACUGGGCGCUUGAACGCUACCCUGAAGGAGCCUGUAAGGCCAUCCAGCAGGAUGAGGAGGCGGAGGUCAGUUCCACUGCUCUGUCCCCUUGCUCCCCUCAGUUGCUUCCCAGCACCUCCACCUUCCAGAUCCCCAGCCCACCCCUCACCCCAGGGACCCCCAUCACCCCCUCAGCCCCCAGCCCAGUGGAGGGACCAGGGAGCUCAGAGUGUGUUGUCUGCAUGGAGACCGGGUCUCAGGUCAUCUUCCUGCCCUGUGGUCAUGUAUGCUGUUGUCAGAUCUGCAGCGAGGCUCUGCAGAACUGCCCUCUGUGUCGUAGCAACAUAUGCCAGCAAAUACGCCUCUACCACAGCUAGGGACCAGUGCACUGUGCUGCAUCGCCCUUUAUUUAUGCAUGAUCACACGGUGGCUGUGAGUAGGCUUUGGCAGGUUUCAAAAGCGCUGAGUCACUUUCCUGUAUUAACCAAUCAGUACUUUGUGGUGCAUAUGCCUAUACAAAUCUGAACAGAAUAUCUUUCACUGGUGUUGUAUUUUUGUUUGUCAGUGUUGUCCAAGCCUGUUUUCAUUCUCUUGUUUUAAACUCACUAUUUUCCAAUGUUUGCAUUGCAUAUUAAGAGCAAAGCGGACUAGGCCACUCACUCUUUGGAUCUUUGUGCUCUUUGCCUUUAUAAUGUGUUUUAAAUUGAUGUGUGCCUUUUCCUGGGAAUCUCUUUUUUAUACAAUAUCAUGUGUCUGUAUAGUCAGCCACAGUGGUAUCUGUCCAAUACUCAUGUUAACAAAGCAUAAGGUAUUGAUUGUUACAGUCACUGACGCAACGUCCUUAUCCUACUCAUCCAGGCCUCCACCCUGCUCACUGGAAUCAAAGACAGUUUGAUGUGGAACUGACUUUGGCCAAGGUCAAAUAUGAGCUGCUGUAAACACCCCAGUUCCUCCUCCUCUGUAUUAUGUUGUAGAAAUGUGUACAUUAGCACCAUGUAACACUAUUUGCAGUCAAAAUAACAUUAUGCCAGUUAUUAGUCCUACUCAUAUUCAGUUGUGUAAUGUUUUCUGUGGCUGCAGAAGCAGCUUUCUAAAGUCACAGUAAACAAAUAUGCGUGAGCUCACAUUCAGAGACUACAGAUUUUGAAGAGAAGCCAUGGAUCACAAAGAGGGAGCACAGAGUUUAUAAAACGACUCAUUAAAAGCACUAUUGAUUUGUUAGAGGGAUCUACGGUGAUUUUGGAGCUUGCAAAAAUGAGGGUGUCUCAGCCUCUCAUACAUACAUUUUGGCCGUUCUUUUCUUAAUGUCUUUUGCAUUAUUCCCAGAGCAUUAUAAAGGUAAAUGAGGCUGAAAGGUGCUCACCCGGUGGACUCCCCUUUUCAAAUCAAUUUGGACACAAGAUCGGAUAAUGAAAUAGGUCCAACCAUUUGUCCUAGUCGGGCUGUAGCUCAGCACAUUCUUCUAUAUUAGCCAAACAAAGUUACAGUUGAUCUAACAACCAAACCCUGCUGUCCAGCUUGGCCUUCACAGACUCUUAGGGGUCAAGGCUCCCUGGGCACAUGAUCUGCACCCAACCUGUCCCACCUGUCUCUGAUCUAUCUACUGAUCCAUUUCUUAUUUGAAUCGCUGAUGCAUAUGUAUGAACUAUCAUUAGCUCACCUGUUUGUAGCCAUCACUAAUGCUAUUAUACUAUCAAGUGCUCUUAACUCUGACAUCCCAGCAUGUAUCAGGAAUUAUCUUUACUUACUGUAUAUGACUGUUAAAUGUAGUUAGAUUUCACUGACUGGUGAAAAUGAUGUAUAUUUGCUGUACUCACUGUGUUGAUGUAAAGGCUUUGUGUUGCUGAAAGCGAUGCACUCCUCCUCCAGACAUGUAUGAAAUACAGUUACAGAAAGC